AUGAGAAAGAAGACAAAUGUAUGUACAUGUCAUAAAUGUGUUAAAAGUUUUUGGUACAGAAUAUUAAAAAACUGAAAUAGAACAUGAUAUUAAAAAAUGCGAAUAAAGUUACUGUUAUAAAGAACUUUUCUUGAACAAUUGAAAAUACACAUUUCUUAAAUUAAAUGAUUUUACUUUCAAUAUUUUAGUUCACAAUAUUUUUUAUUGUUUCUUAUAAAUAUGAUUUUAUAAAAACAAGAACGUAUGGAGAUUUUUGUACCAAUGAAUUAUAAUUUUAAUUUAAGAGUAAUUUAUUAUAUAUUUAAAGAUUAAUGAUUCAUAUUUUUUCAAAAAAUAUUUAAAUUUAUUUAUUGUAACAGUAAAGUAUUGUAACUUAUUAUAUUUGCGAUAAAUUGUGCAAAGAUCUUUUCAUUCUUUUACCAUAUUGUUACAAAUAAAUAUUACGAUUAUUAAAAGUAAUAGAAAUGACAGAAAUAAUAUCAACAAUAUCAACAAUAUACAUAUAUAUAUCUUAUAUAUAUAUAAUAUUUCCUAUAUAUAUAUAUAAUAUAUAUAUAUAUAAUAUUUCCUAAAAUUAAUUUAUUAUUAAUACAAAUAUAUAUAAAGAAUAUUUAAUGAUUUCAAUUAAGAAUAUAAAACAAAUAAAGAUUGUUGCAAAUUUUGUUAUCAAAGUUAUGUUUUACUUAAAAUCGCUUUUCAUUGGAUUCUGCGCUUUCGACUACGGCAACCUGUCGUCAUAUGUUGGCCUUACGUCAAUGAGUAACGAACCACUAAAAUAUUAUGGAAAAAGAAGGAGCAUUGUUCGUAGAAUUGGUUCAAUGUUACCUUUAAAACCACCACCAAAAAUAUAUGUUAGUGUUACACCUUUACAUUCAAUGACAAGUUCAAUGAUUAAUGAAGAAACUAGUAAUAAUUAUGUAGAUAUAAAUGGAUAUGGACCUGCAAGGAUGUCUAAUGUGAGGCCAGAUUUAUUAGAGCCUAUUAGUUUUGGAUCUGAAGUUCGAUUACUUGCUUUAGAACAAGAACUUCAAGAACUUAGGGAACAAAUUUCAGCAAUAGUUAAAAAUACAUCUACUGUUUCUUUAACAAAUGGUAUGGAUAGUGAAAAUAUCAUAGAAUCACAACAACCAGCCCCUCCUCCACCACCACCACUACCACCACCAACUCCUCAUAUUGCAAGAAGAGCAAGUUUGCAGGAUCACAAAGUUGAAGAUCGCAAAAGAGGUCCAUUUGCUUCUCAAAUAUCUAUGACGGAUGUAUUAAAAGAUAUUGACAAUGUUAAAUUAAAGCCAAUUGCAAGAUCACCUGGAGGGCGACCUCUUCAUAUAAAACGUGAUAACAGUCCAUGUAAUGAUUUACAAGAAAUACUUCGAAGACGUUAUAUUGCAAUGAAUUCAGCUGAUAGUAGAAAUUCUUCAGCUAAUUUGACAAUGAAUGAUUCUUUUUCAAGUGAUGCGUGAAAGUAGACUAAAUGUUUUUCAAUGUGUACUGUGUACAAUGAAAGUGUCAUAUAACAUUUUGGAUGAUAACAUAAAAUAUUUGAUUAAUCAUUUUGUUUGUACCAUCAGAAUAAUGCAAUAUUCUCAAUUUGUAGUUAUAGGAUUAUGCAAGCAACAAAACAAAUGUGUCAUUUUUAAAUUUACAAAAAUAUUAGUUUCACAUUACAAAUUAAUUUUUAAUAACUAUUUUUUUAAAGAAUACUAUUAUGGUUAAAACGUGUAUAUGUAAGAUAAUAUAUUAUUGGUGUUGAUAAAAAUAUUGGGUUGUAAACUGAUAAAAAUAUCUAAAUAAGAAAUAAGAUAUCUGAAUAACAAAUAAGAUUAAAUUUUGAUGAAACAAAGAUCUAAUUAUUUCUUUAAAUAUUUGUAAUAUUUUUAUUAGAUUAAAAUAUUAAAAGAUCUGUAAUAUUUUUAUUAGAUUAAAAUGUAAGAUUUAUUUUACUAAUUAAAUGUAAGAUUUAAAAUUAAUUUAAACAGUUGUGAACUAAAAACAAAUAUAAAUAAGUAAACUAGGUUUGAAUUUAGAAUUGAAUCUUCAAUUAGUUGUACUUCUAUUUUUUAAAAGCUGUGAUCAACUAUUUGCCACUCUAUUUUCGUGCCUUUAUGUUUAUGUAACUGAAUAUUUAAAUUUAUUUAUUAUAAUUUAUUUAAAAUUUUUUUUAUUUUAUAAAAUAUAAAAUACAGAAGUACAAAUAAGAAUUUAUUUAACUUGUUUUGACAAUAUUUAAAAAUUUUUAAAAUAAACAUGCAAAUUUAAGUAAUUUAGUACUUUAUAAAUAAUAAGUAUACAUAAUUAAUUUUAACUUAUAAAAUUAUUUAGUAAAAAAAAAUUUGUUCAAUGUUUGUUGUGUAAAUAGAAAUAUUUAAGAAAUGCAAUUUUUAAACUAUGAAUUAUAAAUUAAGUUCAAAUAGGUCAUAUAAAUAUACAUAAAAAUAGUUUUAUAUCUAAAAUGAAAUUUGUAAAAGAUUGAUAAAUUAUAUUUUCAAUUAGAAAUAUAGAUACAGUUUACAACUCAAUAUUAUAUAUAUUUAGGAUUUAAUUUUCAUUUUUUGAAGUAAAAUCAUGUUUAAGCUUUUCUCUAGGAGAAAGAAAAAAAUAGAUUUUAAUUCUAUAAAUAAAUUGAACAUGAAUAGAUUGAACAUACAGUUGCUUAAGUACAAUGCAUAUAUUAUAUUAUUUAAUUCUAGAUUUAUUUAAAAUUAUUUAAUUUUAUAUAUAAGAUUAUUGUGA